AUGGCGGCGUCCAAGGUGGGCGCUCCGAUUGGGGGCGAAUGCUUCAAAUGCGGGCGGGCUGGACACUUCCAGUCCGAAUGUACUUUCGACCCCCUUUGUGUGAUCUGCAGCGGGGAAGGACAUACCUCGGCUUCUUGCCCAUCCAGGGGGAAGGUUCUGAGGCUGCAGUCCAUGGGCCACGCUAUUACUGGUGGUGGGUUUUACAACAUUGAGGCCGAGCCUCUGCGUGGUGGCCAGGCGCCGGGGGAGGUGUUUGCGGCUAUCAUCAGCUUCAAGGGGAAGCCUUUGUCGGAGGAGCAGCUUUCGGACGAACUCAAGCACCUUGUGGAUGAGCUUUGGGAUUGGCAAGUUCGCAAGCUGUCGGAAGUGGAGUUCUCCGUCGCUUUCCCGUCGCGCGAGACUCUCAGGCUGAGCACCGGCAGUGGGAAGCUCCACCUUCCGCUGAGCGAGACGGACAUGGUGAUUCGUGAGGCCUUUAUUGCGCCUAGGCCCUCGGUGGUCCUUCCGUCGACUUGGGUUCGGAUGACUGGAGUUUCGGAGGAUCUGAUGACUAAGGAACGCCUCAUGGCAAUGUUUGUGAUGGUCGGGAGACCGAUGGAUGUGGACGAGCUGUCUCUGAUGAAGAGGGACACGGAGCCAGUUAGGAUGAGAUUCCAGUGCCGCUAUCCGGAGAGGAUUAAGGGGACAGUUCCAGUGUUCGUCAACGGUGAGGGGUUCACUGUGGGUGUGCAGGCUGAGACACCGCCUCGUGGGGGCGCGGGAGGAUCGGGCGCUGCGCCACCGCCACCACCUCCUCCACGCCGCGAUGACGAGGAUGAGGACUCGGAUGAGUUUUCUACGGACAGCGAGUGGAACAAGCACGGGCGGCGGAGGAGGAACAAGGACAUCGGCAAAGACAAAGAGAAGGGAAAAGAAACUGAGAAGGGUUCGGCGGUGACCACCUCGGGGAAGGGCUCCAAGGGCACUGUAGCUGGCGAGCUUGGGUCUUGGUCGGCACCUCCUCUUGGGAAGGGGACGGGCACCCCCAAGUUUGAUCAGUAUGGCUCCAACCUGAGGGGGGGGGCGCGGCAGCUCUUUCCCUCCCCGCGAUCGAGGCUCUUGGAGGAGGAAAGGAGCUUCUGGUGA